UGACUCCAAGGAAAAAAAAUUAAAAUAUACAAUAAUAUUUUUCCAUUUCCAUGGAUCAACCCCGAGGCAUGGCAUUGCGUAAUAAAAAAAUAGUGGGAAAAGUAUAUAAAGCUGUGACAGUUUGAUUUUAUUAUUAAUAACAUCACAAACAUUUUACAAGUUUAAACAACAUUAUCCAGCAUGAAGAUUGCCAUUUUAUUUUUGGCUGUUAUGGUGGCUGUUGUAACAGCUAAACCAGCCAAUCAAUAUACAAAUAAAUAUGAUGAUAUUAAUCUCGAUGAAAUUCUUGGUAAUAAAAGAAUAUUAAACAAUUAUAUCAAGUGUCUCUUGGAACAAGGAAGUUGUACUCCUGAGGGAACUGAAUUAAAAAUGCGUCUUCCUGAUGCAUUGGAAACUGGAUGUUCAAAGUGUAAUGAAAAACAAAAAGCUGGUGCUAAAAAAAUGAUUGAACAUCUCAUUAAAAAUGAUCGUGACAAGUGGGAUAAACUCAUGGAAAAAUAUGAUCCAGAAAGUAAAUAUAGAACCAAGUUUGAAGAUGAACUCAAAACAUUGAGUGUUUCAGCUUAACUUGAUCAUAAUAUAAUAUAAAAAAAAAAAAAUGAUUAUAAUCAGCCAAAAGAUGGUAAUUCUCAAAAAUAUAUUAAACAAAACAAAAAAAUUAUUCUAAUAAUCUUAUAACUUUAAUAAUAUUUUAAAUAUUAAAUUUACAAUAAAAUAGAAAUAAAAAUAUCAUUUUAAUUAGUAUAUUUAUCUUAUAUUAUUAUUAUUAUUACUAUUACUAUUAUUAUUACUAUUAUUAUUACUAUUAUUAUUUUAAAAAUAAAAAUAUAUUUAGUCCUUGAAGUUAUGCAAUGAAUAUUAAUUUAUGAUGAUGAUCAAUCAUGUGUCAAUGACAAUUGACGGUGAAAUUAAAAAUAAAAUUAUAAUUAAAUAAUAAAUAAAUAAAUAGAAAAUGCCAGGCUAUGAGAACAUAAAUAAAUUUGGUAAUUUUAUUGAAAAAAAAAGUCAGCAUGUAUUAUUAAAAUAUAUAAAAUUAUGUCCAAAAUUGUAUCACAUUUGUUUUGAUCCAAUUGGUGAACAUAAAAAAAUACGUUCAUUAUUUGGUUUUUUUCUUGGUUUAAUAUUAUCAAUAAUAUUUUACAUAACAAUAAUCAUUGAUUUGGAAUUUGAUAAAUACACAACACUUGUUCUUGGUGGAAUUGUUAUAAUUAUGUUGUCAAUUGGUUGUGCAUCAUCAAUUCAG